CCCACUUUGGCCGAAACCGCCACCAGAAUUAAACUUGUAGCUUUCUAGGCUUUCUAGGCUUUCUAGGCUUUGUAUCUAGGCUUGUACCUUUUCAUCAUAACUCAACUUUUACCACUACCUACGAUCCCGAAUACCACCUGCUCUGCCGCUCAAUCUCCUGCGAAUCAUUCCUCCCACACUGCCAUGGUAUUCGCCAGAUGUUUACCUCAUGUCCAGCCCGCAUCGCAAGCCCGAAAAUGCCGCAACUGCCGCACCGGUGAGCCCCCAAGGUGUGGCCUCUGGGAGUCCCAAUGCUGCUAAUGCUGCCGCUACCACUGGGACAGCGACUGUCAGCCCAUCCUCCUCUUCCGUUACUGUGACUGGUUCGCCCUCCGUAUCUGACCAUGCACGGCCAUCUGCAAGUGUCUUGCCUGCCGUACCAGCACCAGCACCAGCACCAGCACCAGCACCAGCACCAGCAUCCGUAUCAGCACCCCCCGGUUCCCAUGUGCCAUCCGCAUCCACCUUUCCCUCAUCCCUCGCUGCUAACCAUGUCGACCACAACAAUAAUAAAUCACGGCCGCCCUCGGUCUCCCAGAGGUCCAAUGGCCCGUCCCUACUCUCGCAAGCUCUGGCUUCUGCUCGUGGAAUCCCCCCUUCGCACGCCUCCCAGACUCAGACAGACCAGCGACGUCCCGAGCAGAAGCCUGUAUAUUCCAAUGCACCGAACCGACUUAGCCAGCCGAGAAACGUAUCUGAUGCACCUACUGGACACGCCAUAGUCGCACCACAAGAUGACUAUCACGAACGGAGCGAGCAUGGCUUUCUGACACCAAUUAACCAACCGGGGCUUGCUGAGCCCUCCAUAGCGACAUCCGUACCGUUACUCUCUUCGAUUACCCCUCUAGGACAAGCUGCAACACCGUCACCUAUCGCCAUGCCCGGAACCAUAAGCUCAACUACGACGCUUAUAGGGAACAGGGAUUUUGAUUUGGGUAUUGGUAGGGGGCGCUCAUUGGAACGUACAGACAGGGAAAUUUAUUUAAGAUUGUUGAACCGCCCUAAAACGUUUUCCGAUAACGUUGGGGACACUGCGUUUUCCCAUGCAGUCGGUGCUACCGAUAUCGCACCUUCUACUGGCGAUAAGCCGGAAUUCAUUUCUGACCCGCGGGCCCAAUACAGGGCUUGGAGAGUCGACCGUACGCUCUCCAUGGGCCCAGAGAAAGCCUGGUCCAUUGGCACCGACGAUAUAAUCGGCCACCAAGAUGGACAGGUUGAAAAAUCUAUUACGGAGGUGCUAGCCGGUGUCGAGCCGACACGGAGCCGGAAAGCAAGUCACAGUCUACGCUUCUUCAAGGAGGGUCUCCCAGAAGAGAAAGGCAGGCGGAGGGAGUCAAAAUCAGUAGGGCAUCAGCGAGACAAGUCGUUGCUCGCCAAGGGCUUGGCCGCAGAUGCGAAUUAUCACAAAUGCUCCGAUGAUAAUAAUGCCUUUCAGUCGCCAGUACCCUCGCCCCAAUCUAUUGAAGGCGACCAGUCUCCUUCUCAUGUAUCGAGUGUGCAGUCUUUUCCUUGGGGUAUCUCAGACGCCAAGCCUGUGCCUUGUGAAACUACCGAACUCGAUUACUUUGGCCUGCAAUUACCGCCGAAGCACAUUGCCGACUCUGCCAGAGCAUCUUCCCGAGAGCCUCUUACUGCAAAACAGCGGACUUACAGUGUACACAACGGCUCUGCUAUCAUACCCGAUGAGGGCGUUGGAGAUAUUCAUCGCGAAUCAAGUGACACGACGGAAGUUGGAGAUGCAGCCGAAGAGGGCGACGAGUCAUCCGAAGAAAAGAUAUCUUCGGCUGUGUUUCUACCGCAUCAGGGCCUGACCCAGAGUCCGGAAAACAGGGAUGUUAUCCAGAAGGAUUUCAAGAUCUCGCAGCCUAUCUCUCGCAAAACCCACGGUGAGGAUUUUCACCCUUGGUUGGUAAAAGCAGAUGAGCCUGAAGCUGAAGAUGGGACGAGGGCUGAUGGACCGGACGGUGGUAAUGUCAACCGUAAUAAUGAGCCAGCCUCUCAUGUUCAAGACUUCCCGCGAAUAGAUGAUGAAUGUGCUAUCGAGGAUGAGAUCGAGUCCCCCCAAAAAUCUCGUGAUAUAUCUACUAGACCAUCUCGACCGCCCUCCCAGUAUUUCGAGGACAUGGUGCAAGAUCAUCAAAAUGAACCAAAAUUACCCCUUGAUGCAAUUGAACUUAUACCUUAUAAGCAUCAGGUCGGUGGUCAUACAACUAUCUGGAGAUUUUCCAAGAGAGCUGUGUGCAAGCAAUUAAACAACCGAGAGAACGAGUUUUAUGAGAAAAUUGAGCGAUAUCAUCGUGAUCUUCUGCCCUUCCUGCCCAGGUAUAUUGGUGUUCUUAAUGUCACCUUUCAGAAACAACCACGGCGAAAGUCGACGGUCAAAAAAGAUGACAACCAUGCACCAGAAAAGAAAACGGGCGAGCAAGAUGAGCAGCCAAACGGGCAUAAGGGAACGGCUAGCCUAGGGGUCCUGCAGGGAUUUGACGCAUCGGAUAGAGAAGAUCUGCGCCAUCAUCGCAGGAUUGUCAGCCAAUCCCUCCAAUCGUCACAGAACCCGAUACCAACAGUCACUUUCGUUGAUAACCGUCACAUUCUGCCUCGAAGUUUACUCCGACCUGCAAUAUCUGCAGCUAGCGACGACGGUCGCCCAAAGAGCGCUUCCGCCGCCGUAGGCCAGCAAUAUUUGCGUGAUAAAAAUCUCCAAAUGGGGAUAUUACCGAACCGGCCAUCUCUGGAGGAUCGGCAUGCUCACAGCUGGGGUGCUACGACUGUUAAUAAGAGAUUACGAAAUGAAGUCUUUAACGAUGCUUUUUUGAAGCAGCCUAUCGCAAUACAUAAACACCGGAGACCGGCGUCCCAGCAGCGGUCGAUCCCUCGUCGCUCAAUACAGCAAGUCGAGCGGCCGAUGACUGCCGAGGGUGCUCUACCUAGUCGAGACAAGACUAAUAGCCAAGCUCGACAUUCUCACGAAGCAAAUCCGCCAAAGCCUCUUCCGCACCUUGUACAGACUCGAAGUGAUGCUAGCGCCGACUUGGUUUGUUCGGGAGUUGAAGGUAUGGACCAUAUGAAAGAUGUUACAGGAACCAGUGCUCCAGAACCUGAAAUUUUGUCAGAAAAGUUUCCUCAAAGGCGGAAGCGGCGCAACUCAGGAAGCAAACUUAGGCGGAAGCCUGAGGACGUCACAGACCCGCGUGGGCAUCUUAAGUACUUCGAAGACCCAGACGAAGUUGAAUAUAGGAGGGAUAGCGAACCUCAGGCAGAAUUGCGGAAUCAUGUACAUAAAACAAAUGGGCGCAAGCACGAAGUCGACACUAUCGAGAAUGGAAAUGGAGAUGGCUCUGUAUUUCAGUCAAAUCUUUCAUCAGAUGCACCUUUAGCUCUUCCGAGCCCAACGAUGGAACUUAAGAAAAUCCCACGGCCUAUCAACCCCAAAGAAGCGCAGACGCAGCGCGACUCGAGGGUAGAAUAUUUCUUACUAUUGGAGGACCUUACUGCUGGUAUGAAACGGCCCUGCAUCAUGGAUUUGAAGAUGGGUACUCGGCAGUAUGGUGUAGAUGCCAACCCAAAGAAGCGUGAGUCGCAGCAGCGUAAAUGCGCCAACACGACAUCCAGAGAGCUGGGCGUUAGGGUUUGUGGACUACAGGCUUGGGACGCCAAAUCCCAGACUUACGUCUUCAAAGACAAAUACUACGGACGUAGUCUCAAGGCGGGUGCAGAGUUUCAAAAUGCUCUAACUAUGUUCCUCUACGACGGCGUAGAUUAUAGCAGCGUCCUGAAACAUAUUCCAGCAAUCCUACAGAAACUAAACCAACUUGAGAUGACCAUCCGUAGGCUGCGUGGUUAUCGGUUCUACGCAGCUAGCUUACUAAUGUUUUAUGAUGCCGACAACUCGGACGAGGGCUACGAUACGGGUGCUGACGAGUCCACUACCGACUUCCCAACAGACACCGAAGAUGUGUGGGAUACUAGAAAACGUCGGAUCAACAAGAAGGAGAUCGACUUCAAGAUGGCCGACUUUGCCAACAGCGUCACGGCUGGAGACCUGGCCGAAAACAAACCAUGCCCACCAAAGCACCCAAACGAACCAGACCGGGGAUUUCUCCGUGGUCUUGAAACUCUUAGAAAAUACUUCUUAAAGAUACAGAAAGACGUACGCAACGAGUUGGGAUUAGCCACGCCACGUAGGCAAAGCGAAGUCGGAGACGAAAUUGAAAGGGACGACUAUGAGGAGGACUCCGUUAGCGAGUGAGAAUGUGGAUUAUCGAGCAAUGCUGCAUGCAACCCGCUAGGGGGGCACAUCAACAACUUAGCGAUCAUAUACUUCGCUUCUCUGUUUAUAGUUUUCGGAUGGAUUUCCUAGAAUGGCGCACCGGUGUGCUAGGUCAUCGGUCCGCAAACUGGCGCCUUUUUUUUUUUUGGUCGGGCUAAGUAUAGUCAUGAUGUUUUUAUUUUAUUUUAUUUUUAUUUUUACCUCUUUUUUGUUACUUUUACUUUUUAACAUACCCGCAUGUUUGAGGCGUCUUGCGAUACGAGAAAAGCAACGGAGACAAAGCCGGAGGGAGGGGUUUGAUAGUGGCUAAUUUUCCACCAGCCUUGAAUGAUAGCAAGAACAAGGCUGUCAGUUGGUUGAUGGGGUCUCGGGAGAGUUGAUAUCAGAAUGAGAAUGAGAUAAAGCUGGCUUACGCUACCCACGAUGUUAUUUGUUUUAUGUAGCUGCUGGUUUGUGUUUAGAGGGUUUGGUAUGGUAUGGUAUGGUAUGGUAUUAAGAGUAGUAGAUAAAAUAAAUAAUGAGUUUAUGACUUAGUCCUUUGUGUUUGUGUCUUGUAUAUUUUUCACGACUCCUUCAUGGCUUCUUCAUGCAGAUUGUCU